UCUUGUCUCUUUUCCCCAUUAAACAAAAACAUGCAUUUUCUUCUUCUUUUCCUCCUUUUCCUCCUCCCCCAUUUCCACCUCACCACCGGAAAACCACCUUCCCUCCCUGAAUACCACGCAUUACUCUCCCUCAAAACCGCCAUCACCUCAGACCCACAAUCCUCCCUUUCCUCAUGGAACAUCAACACAAAUCACUGUACAUGGUUCGGCAUCACGUGCAACCAUCACAACCACGUGACAUCCCUUAACAUCUCUAACCUUAACCUCACCGGUACACUCUCACCACAAAUCUCACAUCUCCGUUACUUAACCUCACUUAACCUUGCAGCUAACCAGUUUGUAGGACCCAUUCCUAAUGAAAUAUCACUUAUCCCAAAUCUUAACUACCUUAAUCUCUCCAACAAUGUUUUUAACUCAACAUUCCCUCCCAACCUUACCUAUCUACAACAACUUAAAGUCCUUGACCUUUAUAACAACAACAUGACAUGUGAGCUCCCUGUCGGGUUACAUAAUUUGACGAAUCUUAGACAUCUUCACUUAGGUGGGAACUUCUUUACAGGAAGUAUUCCACCUGAGUAUGGGAGACUGAUGUUUCUUGAAUACCUUGCAGUUUCUGGAAAUGCCCUUGUUGGUAAAAUCCCAGCUGAGAUAGGAAAUAUUACAACUCUUAAAGAGCUUUAUAUUGGUUAUUACAACACAUUUUCAGGUGGGAUACCACCUGAAAUAGGAAAUUUAUCGGAGCUUUUAAGGUUAGAUGCUGCAAAUUGUGGACUUACUGGUGAGAUUCCAAAGGAAAUAGGAAAGCUUGAGAAAUUAGAUACAUUGUUUUUACAAGUGAAUGCACUUUCUGGGGUUGUUACAAAUGAGUUGGGUAAUCUAAAGAGCUUAAAAUCUUUAGAUUUGUCGAAUAAUAUGUUUUCAGGUGAAAUUCCAGUGACAUUUGGUGAACUGAAGAAUUUAACUCUGUUGAAUCUUUUUCGUAACAAGCUUUACGGAUCGAUACCGGAGUUUAUAUCAGAGUUGCCAAAACUGGAAGUAUUGCAGUUAUGGGAAAAUAAUUUUACUGGAAGUAUACCACAAGGUUUAGGUAAAAAUAGUAAGUUAACAACUCUUGAUAUUAGUACUAAUAAGUUAACAGGUAAUUUGCCACCAAAUAUGUGUAGUGGUAACACUUUGCAAACAUUGAUCACUUUAGGAAACUUCUUGUUUGGUCCAAUACCUGAAUCUUUAGGUGAGUGUCAAUCAUUAAGUAGGAUUAGAAUGGGUGAAAAUUACUUAAAUGGGUCAAUACCAAAAGGGUUGUUAAGUUUGCCUAAGUUAACACAAGUUGAACUUCAAGAUAAUCUUCUUACUGGUACUUUUCCAGUGACUGGUAAAGUUUCCUCAAGUUUGGGGCAAAUUAGUCUUUCGAAUAAUCGCCUUUUGGGGACUUUGCCAUCGAGUAUUGGAAAUUUUACUGGUGUUCAAACGUUGCUUCUUGAUGGGAACAAAUUUUCUGGUGAAAUUCCAGCUGAAAUAGGGAAAUUGCAGCAACUGUCCAAGCUUGAUUUCAGUGAUAACAGUUUUUCUGGCGCGAUUCCGAAGGAAGUAGGUCAAUGCAAGGCUUUAACUUUUGUUGAUCUUAGUAGGAAUAAGUUAUCAGGUGAAGUUCCUACUGAGAUCACUGGUAUGAGGAUACUGAAUUACUUGAACGUAUCGCGAAACCAUUUAGUUGGGGGUAUUCCUGCACCUAUUGCUUCAAUGCAGAGUUUAACUUCUGUUGAUUUUUCGUAUAACAACUUAUCUGGAUUAGUUCCGGGUACUGGUCAAUUCAGUUACUUCAAUUACACUUCAUUUUUGGGUAAUCCAGAUCUUUGUGGACCCUACUUGGGUCCUUGCAAAGAAGGUGUGGUCGACGGGGUUAGUCGACCUCAUGAGAGAGGUGCGUUUUCGCCUUCUAUGAAGCUUUUGCUCGUUAUUGGGUUGCUUGUUUGCUCGAUUGUGUUUGCUAUUGCUGCGGUUAUAAAGGCUAGAGCUUUAAAGAAGGCGAGUCAGGCUCGUGCCUGGAAGCUUACUGCUUUCCAACGGUUGGAUUUCACUUGUGAUGAUGUUUUGGGAUGUUUGAAAGAGGAUAACGUUAUUGGUAAAGGAGGUGCUGGAAUAGUGUACAAAGGGGUAAUGCCAAAUGGCGAAUUGGUUGCUGUUAAAAGGUUGCCGGUGAUGACCCGUGGUUCUUCUCAUGAUCACGGGUUUAAUGCUGAGAUACAGACGCUCGGGAGGAUUAGGCAUAGGCAUAUUGUUAGGUUAUUGGGGUUUUGCUCGAAUCAUGAAACGAAUCUUUUGGUUUAUGAGUACAUGCCUAAUGGGAGCCUUGGUGAAAUGCUUCAUGGAAAGAAAGGAGGCCACUUGCAUUGGGAUACUAGGUAUAAGAUAGCGUUGGAAGCUGCAAAGGGCCUUUGUUAUCUUCAUCAUGAUUGCUCGCCUUUGAUCCUCCAUCGUGAUGUAAAAUCAAACAACAUUCUUCUGGAUUCAGGAUUCGAAGCUCACGUUGCUGAUUUUGGGCUUGCCAAGUUUUUGCAAGACUCGGGAACAUCAGAAUGCAUGUCUGCUAUUGCUGGUUCUUAUGGCUACAUUGCACCAGAAUAUGCAUACACACUCAAGGUAGAUGAGAAGAGCGACGUAUACAGCUUUGGUGUGGUUCUGUUAGAAUUGGUGAGUGGUAAAAAGCCGGUUGGGGAAUUUGGUGAUGGCGUCGACAUAGUCCAAUGGGUAAGGAGAAUGACUGAUGGGAAAAAGGAAGGAGUUCUCAAGAUCCUCGAUCCGAGACUCUCAACAACAGUUCCCCUUCAUGAGGUUAUGCACGUGUUCUAUGUCGCGAUGCUCUGUGUCGAAGAACAGGCUGUUGAACGCCCCAAAAUGCGCGAGGUUGUGCAAAUGCUAACCGAGGUUCCCAAAAUGUUGGGUCCCGCCUUAGAGUCUCCCGCUUUAGUUCCCGGAUAUACAAAAGACCACCAUCAGCCACCGGGCUCACCACCUAAAUCUCCUCCACCGGAUCUUCUCAGCAUAUGAUCUAAAACGUUCCUUCUAAUAGGAAGGUGUUCAAUUCUCUAGUUUGAUUCUCUUCCUUUAGUUUUAUUAUGAGUUUGGGCUAGCUUUUGGUCUUUCUUAAUGAAGAUUAAGCUUUUUUGGGGAUGGGUUUAUUAUGAUUUAGGCUAGCUUUUCUUAGGAAGUGUUUCAUUGUACAGUUAAGAUGGCAAGGUAUCUGAGUAACUAGUGAUGAACUUUAUCCUUCA